AAAAUUGAAUAUUAUGAAGCCUACCUACGUAAUAUAAUUUCUCGCAUUACACGAAAACCCGGCAAAAUCGGAUAUAUGAAUUUACUUCGCCAACGGGUAUCUAGCUGACUAGCUCAAUAUGAAAAUGGCGGAAGAGCUAGGAUCAUCAUCUGCUGCUGCUGCCACCGCAACAUCUACAUCAACAUCAUCAUCAUCACCGGCCAAAACAAGAUCACCGUGGCCCCCUGUUCUCCGUUGGAUCCACACUACCACCGACCACAUCAUCGAGGCCGAGAAACGCCUUCUCUCUCUCGUCAAGACUCCAUAUGUUCGAGAACAAGUUAAUAUUGGUUCAGGCCCUCCAGGGUCCAAAAAGAGGCGGCUUCGUUCUACAAGCAAUGAGCCACGGUUCAUUAACACUGUUACCUUCAAUAGCAAAGAGGACUCGCCCACUCUUGUGAUAGUCCAUGGUUAUGCCGCUUCUCAAGGCUUUUUCUUUCGGAAUUUUGAUGCUCUUGCUAGUCGUUUCAAGGUCAUUGCUGUUGAUCAGCUUGGCUGGGGUGGAUCAAGUAGGCCUGAUUUUACUUGCAAAAGCACUAAAGAAACUGAAGCAUGGUUCAUUGACUCCUUUGAGGAAUGGCGAAAAGCAAAAAAGCUCGACAACUUCAUAUUACUUGGGCAUUCGUUUGGAGGGUAUGUUGCAGCUAAAUAUGCAAUCAAGCAUCCUGAGCACAUUCAGCAUUUGAUUUUAGUGGGACCUGCUGGAUUUUCAUCAGAAUCAGAAGCCAAGUAUGAGUGGAUUACUCAAUUCAGAUCAACUUGGAGAGGAGCAAUUUUGAAUCAUUUGUGGGAGUCUAAUUUUACUCUUCAUAAGAUUAUUCGAGGUUUAGGUCCUUUGGGUCCACAUUUUGUACGCAAGUACAUAAGUUCUAGAUUUGGUGGUUAUUCAAUUGGAGAGGUAUUAACAGAGGAGGAAUCCCAAUUGCUAGCAGACUAUGUGUACCACACUUUAGUAGCCAAAGCUAGUGGAGAGCUAUGCUUGAAAUAUAUAUUUUCUUUUGGUGCUUUUGCAAGGAUGCCCCUUCUACAAAGUGGAUCAAAGUGGAAAGUGCCUGCUACUUUCAUAUAUGGCAUGCAAGAUUGGAUGAACUAUCAAGGGGCGCAAGAAGCUCGCCAGCAAAUGAAGGUCCCAUGUGAAAUCAUUAGGGUUCCCCAGGCUGGGCAUUUUGUCUUCAUAGACAACCCAAACGGGUUUCAUUCAACUGUGUUCUAUGCUUGCCGGAGGCUUCUCUCACGUAAUCCUGAUAGUGAAUCCCUACCCGAAGGUCUAAUAUAUGUAUAGGAAGUUUGCUGUAUUUUUUUUUCAAGUCCAUUCGUAUGUAAUUUAUCAGAGAGUUUCCAUUAGAAUGCAAUACGAAAAUUCACAUAAA